GAAGUUAUUGCAACUGAUUUCCGGUCCCCUACUACGGGUCCCAUUCGCUGCUGGCGAGAUUGCAGCUGUUGCAGUAGAAGAAAGUGGAGUCCGCAGCGGACUGGAAGCGCCGUAAUGCCCCAGUAUUACGAGGACAAGCCGGAGGGCGGCGCGUGCUCGGGCUUGAAGGAGGACCUGGGCUUGUGUCUGCUGCAGUCGGAUUGUGUGAUGCAGGAAGGAAAAUCCCCUCGGGAGUGUCUGAAGGAAGGAUACUGCAAAGCUUUGAAAUACUCAUUUUUCGAGUGUAAAAGAUCAACGUUGGAUACCAGGGCAAGAUUCAGAGGAAGAAAAGGAUAUUGAUACAUUCUGUUGAAGCCAAGAUGAAAAACAACAAAGGGUUUUCUCUGGUCAUUAACACAAAGAAGCCAAAACAGGAAACAUACUUUUUACUACAUCUGUUUGGUUGGACUCGUUUUCCCCUUCAUGGCACAGUGAAGAAAACGGAUGAGUUCUGUUUUUGAAUAUGUAUAAAUGAUUCUCUUGAUCCAAAUUAUUUUUAGAAGAAAAACCUAAUUGAACAGUUAUGGCUUAAGAGCAUAAUAAAUGUGUUUUGAGAAUUGUUCUAAAGCACAGAGAAUGGAAAGAUUGUUAUUUGCAAACUUGACUCUUCAAAUUACACAAUUUGCACUGGCAAUUGAUGUGACUGACACAGUUGGUAACAUGGAGCCUGUCCCAAAGAUGUCUAUUGGGAAAGUUUAGGAUAAAACUUUUUCUUUAGUUCAGUCUUUCCUGUCUAGUUGUGAAAUAAAUUGUGUGUGUUUGAUUUCUUAGAGAAGAAAUACUUCAUUUGUGCUCUGAUUCACUGAAGUAAUAACCUCAGCACUUAACAGGCGUAGCUGACGCUGGGCCUCAGAUUGUGCUGCCCAGGCUCUUUACCAUCAUCUUCGGACUGUUUUUGUUUCCUGGAUUCAUUUUCAGGCUGGCGCUCUCUACAUUCGGGCCAGUGUCAGCUACAAGUCCACAUCCUUAUAAUCCAUGAUUCAAAAGGGAGAGAGAGAACUUCCUUUUCCCGGGUCCACAAAUCAAAUCCUAUAAAGGGGCUUGAUUAUAGUCACCUGCACUUGCAUUAGACCAGUCCCUGUGGAAAAGGGGAUGUGGGCCUGUGAUCUUGGCCAGGCCUGGGCUACAUGCGCUGUCAUUGUUAACUCCUGUCAGAAUCACAUGGAUUAGUGGGCCAAAUCCCAAAAGGAAAGGGGUUUAGAGCAAGUGGAAACAACAGAUACCCACUAUAGAAAGCAAGAAUGAAAACCAUGAAGCGGGUGAAGAUUAGCCUUACAGUGAUUUUAUUCUGAUCACUUAAUACAGAGUCAAACAGGAAUCCAGGUUUCCAAGUUUCUGGCAUUGAGGAAUCACAAAGAAUGCUAGCUUCUUUAUACCUCCAUGGUUCACUGGAGUUAAAGCAAUCAGGGUGUUGUACAGCUGACUUGAGUUUUUAAAGGUUUUACUAAAAAGUGAGAAUUCCACACCCGCAUGACUUAUUGUUGCAGAAUAUCACAAAGGUCUGUUGUGUGUACUACUUUUCACUGGGAAAGGAACAAUAAUGGUUUUUCCCACUGUAUACAUAUU